AUGAGGCUCCGGAUUCUUCUCCUGACUGUGCCCAUCUAUGGGGUUGUGGUGUUUCUGCACGUUCUGGGAAACCUCAAGGGUGAGAUCAAAGAAGUCGACCAGUGCUGGGUACAGCCUCCCACAAGGUUUUGUGGGAAAAGGUGCACGAAGAUGCACGGAUGUUUGAGACCGAACCACACGUGUUGCUGGACGUACUGUGGAAACAUCUGCUUGGACGACGAAGAGCCUUUUAAAACACUGAUGAAACUCUAG